GUGUCAUUGUAGCUGUAACUUUCAAAGCGAACGGACGUUUAGCGCAAAGUUGUUUUCAAAUAACACAAAAAGUGGGAGUGUAAAGAGCAAAGAAAGUGCAGUGCAUUUCUACAGUUGUAUUAGUGUCUAUGUGUGUGCGUGCUUAUGUGUAUGUGUAAGCUGAGAAAGAGAGCGAUUUGCAUUAACCAAAAUUGAAAGAAUAAAAAAAGGCAAAUAGACAACAAAAAAUAUGUCCACAGUUGAGUCUUCUAGUUCGGCGGUGCAGCAGCCCCCCUCGUCCACAUUACCAAUGCUAGGUGAUAACCAGGUGUCCACAAUGCAAUUGCAAAUGCAAGCCUCCACCUCGUCAUCAUCAUCAUCGGGGGGCGGCAACGGCUCAGUGGGCGUGCCAUUAGAUACGCAAAGCAGUGGCGAGCCGCCAGCUAAAAAGCAAAUGCUCGAUCCAAAUGCAGCAUCCUCCUCGUCCCCAUCCUCAGGGGGCGGGGGCAGUGGUCCAGCUGGAGCUAGAAGCGGAACAAACGAGAAGCUUGCGUAUCGCAUUUCGACGGCGCUUUGCUGUGCCGUCUGCUUGGAUCUGCCCAAAACGGCCAUGUAUCAGUGCCAAAUGGGUCAUUUGAUGUGCGCCGCCUGCUUCACCCAUCUCCUGGCGGAUGGACGGUAUGAAACACAAAAGCGAAAAUUAAAAGACCUCAAAAAUUAUUUACUCCUGCGUGAUCAGAUUGCCACAUGCCCCAAUUGCCGUGUGGAGAUAUCAAAGAGCACCGCAUCCCGUAAUCUCGCUGUGGAGAAGGCCGCCUCUGAGUUGCCCAGCGAGUGUCAGUUUUGCAACAAGGAGUUCCCAUACAAAUCGCUGGAGCGCCAUGAACAACACGAGUGCCAGGAGCGUCCCACGAAAUGCAAAUAUCAUCGCAUUGGUUGCCAGUGGCGUGGACCUUAUCAUGAGACCACCGAGCAUGAGCGCAAUUGUUUGCACCCGCAGAAAUCGGGCUACGAAGUCAUGGCCGCCCUGGAGGCGCAUGAUGUUAAGAUUAAAGAGGAAAAGAAAAUGUUCAACACGUUGAUUGAUCUGCUGAGCUACGAGAAAAUCAUCUUCAAUGAUCUACAAAUGAAACCGUAUCGCACAGAUGAAUAUGUGCACAAGUUGUUCUAUGAGACGGCACGUUUCUCGGCCUUUAAUCAGCAGUGGGUGGUAAAGGCGCGCAUCAACAACAGCCAACGCGAUCCGCAUCAAUCGAAUGAGCGCACCAUCACCUAUCAGCUCAUCUUGAAGACCAAGACAAGCACACCCAUGAGCAUACAUUUCUUUGCGCUCAAAGGUCCCUUCUCCGACAUGAAGGUGUCCACGCAGAUCUACAAGCACGAGUUCACAGAGACGAGCACCGAAAGUGAUUAUUAUGUGCUGCCUUUGCCCGAUGGAAAUGGUGCCAGCGGCUCUAGCGAAUGCAACCGCAUGUUGGCCAACAAAGGCAUCAAUUUCCGCUUAUUAAUGUUUCUGCUGAACAAGUAAAGCGAUCGUUAAAUACACGUAGUGCAGAAUUUGAAAAACUAGUUUAAGUUUGUUAUUUCUAACUCAUAAAUGUGCAAAACCCCCCUAGACAUAUAGUUAAUAUACAUAUAUUUUCUAUCUAUAUAAACAUGUACAUGUCUCCUACCCGAUGAUCCUCCCAAAAAACGAAAACAAACACAAACACUGAAUACAAUUUGUAAACGCGGUAGGUUGUAAUUGUAACCCUAAAUUUAGUCGAGUUUUAAGCUUUAUAUUGCAAAACUUUUGUCCCUCAGACACAUUACUGAAGAUCGUAACGUAACGAAAAAACAGAUGCGAUAUAAUUAAUGUUAAGACACAAGAAAAACAUACAUGAAUACUUUAAUGUAGUUGACGUUGAAUACGAUAUACCCUGAUUAUGUUUUAUAAUGCCAAGUCCCCAUCUUAUCGCCGUAAACUGACAGCCAUAUACAAUAUACAGAUAUAAAGUGUGAAGUACAUAUAAUAAUGAUGUACAGCUAAUUUACAAAAAAAAGAAAAAGAAA